UAUUCUCCAGCUCUGACUGUAAUCCUGGUGCCAUUGGCCAGAUCAAGCCCGUCCUCCGCAGCUCUCACUGUAGCUCCCGCGACAAAAACAGCGACUGGACAUGACAGCAGCACGGUGACAACAUAAAAAGGACCUGUGCAGACACUUAAACAUAUAAAUAUAGCAAACCAGACCCAAAAAAUGGGUUUUAUUUCACAUUUGCUCUGUAUCAACGGCGGCAGCCUCUUGAACGCACGAGGUCUGUCUUCUGCUGCUCUGCCCUGAGCGGCUUCAGGCUAAAGCUAACGUUAGCUAGCGAUACAUACGUCCAGAUCAUUUCUAAAGCACGGGGUUUAUUUGCAGCACUCUAUUGUUCUAGAUUUUGUUGCUAUUUUUGCUGUCACGUUUUUCCAAACGCGUAAGUAUGGCUGGAGCGGAAGACGCGGCUGAAGGGAGCGGUUGCGCGGGGAAGCUGCGCUCUCGGGUCGGCCUCCGGAGCGGCUCGUGCUCCGGCGAGAGUCAAGAGCAGCUCCUCGCCGUGAAAGCGAUGCUGCUGGAGCGGCUGGGACCCCACGAGCGCCUGCUCACCUAUCUGCAGUCUGUAUUAUUGUGGGAGAGACCCUUUCACAGCGUCCUACUGUACACGGCCGCCAAUGUCAUGUUCUGGUUUUUUGCUCUGAGCUCUUUGAGGUUGCUCUUUCUGCUGGCAUCAGGUCUGGCCCUGGCUGUUUGUGUCGACACUUGGAGGAAUAAGAUCUGGCCUAAGAUCAGAGUUAAAAGGCAAGAUGAGAGUGAGAAUGAAAGCUGGGGCCUGGUGCAGCCUGGGACUUUGAGUGUACCGGAAUUAUGCCACCACCUGGCUGAAGUUUGGGUUAUGGGCUCUUCCUGUGCAACAGAUACUGUGCAGUUCAAACAGAAAAAUCCAGGGAAGUUUUGUAUGCUGGUUUGUGGCCUGUUCACCUCAGUGGCCAUGGUGGGGCGCUACAUCCCUGGACUGGUGCUGUCAUACAUGGCUUUGCUGGGUGUGUUGCUGUGCCCAUUGGCUCUAUAUUAUCGGCUGUGGCAGCAUGCAUGUGUGAAGCUGGAGCCGGCCCUGCAGUGGCUAGACUUCAGUGCCAAAGGAUAUAUGAUGUUAAAGCCUAUAGACAACCAGUUUCUUCGUAAGCCCAUCAGAAGCGGGACCUCAUAUGACGCAAGUGACAGCGAAGAAGAACUGGCUGCGUUCUGCCCAACGUUUGAUGAAGCAGCAGUUGCUAAGGAGCUGGCACUGACUGACUCCGAGCACUCGGAUGCUGAGGUGUCGUACAUGGAUAACGGCACCUUUAACCUCUCCAGGGGUCAAACACCCCUCACAGAGGGCUCAGAGGAUCUAGACAGACACAGUGAUCCAGAAGAAUCAUUUGCCUGUGGGCUUCCAGACUUCCCCUCCAUCAACCCAGAUGCCACCCUGAUGGAGGACGAUGAUGAUGCCAGCAUCGGGCUGCCCAGUCUCAACUCAGCCGCGCUCUCUGGCCCUCGCGGCUCUACCUCCGCCCUGCUGGACCUGGACACCCAGAUGGACUCUGAUCAGGAAGACCUCGACCCCGAGAUCUCCUUCGGCUCCCUAAAUGCUACCUCUGACCUAACUAGUAACCUGGCAGGGGUCAUCGCCAGCAACAUGAUCCAAGCAGCCAUCGCAGGAGCCAUGCAGCCCCGCCCACCGCAAGGCCCUCGGAGAGAGAGCGGCCCACGGGCAGGAGCUGCUCCAAGGGGAUACAGGAAGCAGUCGAGCUCUGAGUUAGACACAGACCUGGACUUUGAUGGCGAGGAGUUUGAGAUGUUGGAUCAGUCCGAGCUGAACCAGUUGGAUCCUUUUGGAGGGGGGCAGGGGGGCCAGAACAGAACCCAGGGAUCCAGUUUCCUGUCCAACUUGCUGGGGAAGCCACAGUGAGCCCAUCUUACAGAAACUCCCUCCGUCUGUCUGCUCCUCAUGUCCCUCGCACCUUGAUCCGAGUAGAAGUUUGCAGUGUUGGUUUGAAUGUCUACUGAGAUGCUUUCAAUUUAUCUGAGUGAGUGCGACGGAGAGAGAGUGUGUUUGUUUUGCACUGUUAAUGUAAUAUUAUAUUCACUUGCCAGGUUUCCUCCACUGGCUGCAGUUGAUAUCACUGUGAAGUAAUCUUGUUUGUAGUCUGAAUCUUCUCUGUUCAUGCUCCGUGAGCUUCCGUGUCCUCUCUCACUCGUUUGUGUGAAAGACUCCGAUUUACUUUGUAGGCUAAGCAAUAGGACAACAAUCAUAGAAACAUUUAAAAAGAUCCAAAAUCUCUUUAACUUCUUAGAAACCAGCAAAACAAACACCAGAUCUUUUUACUACAUCCAAGUCUUAAAGGUCUUUCACAUCAAUCGCUGUAUUGUUUGUGUCUUCAAUAAUAACACAUGGGACCAAAUCAGACAUUCCAUCAUCAAUGUACACAGAUAUGAAGUCGCCUGUAAGAAAGACUCUGAAAUCUACAGUCAAGACGUCGCUGAGCAGAGGAGUCUGAUGAAGUAGCGGUGCCGCAGCCUCAUCUCAUGUUUUUAAAAUGGUAGUUCACCCAAAAAUCUAAACUCGCAAUUUCUAAACCUGUAUGACAUUCUUUCUUCUGUAGAACAUACAAGAUAUUUUGAGAAAUGUUUUUGUCCAUGCAAUGGGAGUCAAUGGCAACAAAAACUGUUCGGUCUUAAGGGUUUGGAACAACAUGAGGACUGAGCAAAUGAUGACACAAUUUUCUUUUUUGGGUGGCCUAUUACUUUAAGACUCUGAGACAUGAACUUUUCUUAAGGUCACCGAGUGAUAAACAGCAGUCAAGUUACCUCAUCUUGCCAUAUAGGGGUGAAUUCAGGUAAAUUGGGAUGCUUUUUGCCAUUGAAACGACUGGGGAAAAUGUCCCAAAUAACUUGAAUUCACCUUGUUUGCACCUGUUUUUUCCCCCCAUUUGUUUAUUUCUUUAUAUGGUAACUGCACACAUUUUUUUCAUCAUGUCUAUCUGAUGCCAAUGAAAAUUUCUUAAAUCAGGAGUAAUACAAUAAAAAUGUAUUAAUUAUUAAUCUCAACACGAUUUUAAAAAUUUAGUAGUCAAGAAGAUGUUUCUUCCACAAUGAUAUUUACAUUUAAGUUCAUACAGGCUGGAUUUUUUUUUCUGCAUUAUUUGAAAACCACAUAUUAAUAAAUGACAUUAGCUCUUUCCUAAACUUUUAAAGACCUCUGUUGUAAAAAUAGGGAAAAUGACAGUAUAUUGUCUUUCAAAUGGCUGUUCUUUGUCUGUUCAUCAGUCAAAUUGAACAAAAUCAAAAUCUAACAAUACCAACUUGUUUAACAGCUCAGCAAUGCUGUUCAUCUGGAUAAUAUGGCAGUACAUUGAUUUAGUUUGUAAUGACUCUACCUCAAACAAGACGUUCGGCUGUAACUGCCACCCGUUUGUACACAGCCUCCUCUCUUCAAACACACCUUUAACUGCUCUGACUUUAUGCAGGAACUUUUAUACAGGUAGCAGCAGAAAAACUGUAGAUCUCUGCAUCCUCUCAUCUCAUCUGGUCUGGUCUGAUAUGAGAUUUAGAGCAAAGUCUAACAUUCAGUACAGUACUAAAGGUCAUAGGAUUUGAGAAAACGCCUUUCUCACUUCCUUUCUUGUGGUAUGAUGAAGCUGGUGGAAUUAAAUGAGUUCAAUUUGCUGUUUUCUUUGCUGUUUCUUUAGUAGAUGCUGAACCUUUUUUGUUUCAUUGCACUUUUCCCAAGUGAACUGUUUCUGUUUCUGACCUAAUGCUAAUGAGAGCCAUCAUUGCUGGCUUUAAGCUUUCAUUAUUGUGUACGCUGGAAAGUAGGAAACGUACCGGAAAACUGCUGUAGCGAUAAAAAGGUAUUCUGUUACCAGAGAUCAGUGAAGUGUUUUCUAUUUUCCAGGCAUUGGUUUUCUCAUUUUAAUUUAAGGUAAUGGAGCGUUGAGGAAUUAUAAGGAAGCGUCUUAUCUUUCUCAUGUGUAUUUCGCAGUCUGUCACUUCCUGCUAUUCCAGUUUGUUUAUUACAUUUCAAACAGUCUUACUUUAUCCAGCCAACUUGAGUUAGGUUAGAAGAGCAGUACUGUUUAUUGGAGUGUUUCAUAUUUUGCCACUUUCCUGUGAUUUUAUUCAACCUCUUUUCUUCUUUUCAGUUUUGUUUUUGUUUGGUUGUGAGCCCUAAUUGCUGAAUUGCUGAUGAUAAUUUUUUGGAUUGCUGUGUUAAAAAAGGUUUGAUUUUAUUAUUAUAUUAUUUUCAUUUUUUAGGUGUUAAAUGUGACAUUGAAGUGUAAUGCAUAGUAAGUUCGUAGAUUGGAAAGCCGUUUAUUUUUCCCCUUUUUACUUUCCUGUUUAUAGUUAAUACUAUUAUUAAUAAUAUACUUAGCUAUUUAUAUGGACACACUCUUUUAUGAAUAUUGAUUCAUUGGUUUGGUUAUCAAUACUACUUUUGAAAAAAACAUGGCAAGAUUUUUGUUUGUAAGCGUGUCAGUGUGAUUACUAUUAAAUGCAAAAGUUCUCUGCCCAUUUUAGCUAUUCACCUUUUUGUGGUCAAUUUCAACAAAAAUCACCAGCAAUUCAAAUGGGAUGAUGAAGUGGUGGUUUAUAUACUGGAAGAAAAUUAUGCCCAGCGUCAUCUAUUGAUGUUGUAUUGAUGUUAGUGAUUUAAACAUAAAUCAGUUAGCAGUCUACCAUGUUGAGGCAAAUGCAAAAUACAGAAUCACUCAUCUUUUCUUUCUUUGUGUGAGCAUUUUACAGGAGUCUUUCUGUAGCUGGAUUCUGCAGUGAUUUUUAUUUCUGUACAGAACUAUUUCCCUCUUCCAUUCCCUGUAAUUGGUUUUUGAUAACUUUUGAUGUGCAAGACAAUAAAGAGAUGAAUGAAUAUAUUCUCUAUGUAAAA